CCAAAAAAUGCACAUACAGACAAGAUUAUGCUUUCCGUCAGAAAAUGUCUUGAUAGUCUCCUGCCUCACAACAUUAUUGGUUUUACUAAUGAGACUGAAAUGAUAAAUGCUUAUACACGUGCCCAGGCUCAAGCUCGAUUUAUUACUGUGGCAGUUAUUUUUGAACAAUAUAACAAACAUACGUUAAAAUAUAAAUUGAGGCAUUCACAGGAGAUUCCAAAUAAUUUGUACCAAAGCGCAUUAGAGAUUGACCGUAUGAGUAUGUCACCUACAAUAUAUUUCAAAAACAUUCCACUCGCUCAAGUUCAAAUUUGUGUAGAUGAAGCGUUUAUAAAGGGAACAGCAGCAAAUUCCAACGUUAAGAUGUCAAUACAACAAAUGCCUUAUCCACCGUACAUCAAAAUGGAUGUGGCUGAUACAGUGAUGCGUACAGUAAUUUCUGCAUUCGUAGUUAUGGCUUUUAUAAUUCCACUUUGCAUCGAAGUCAGCUAUUCAACGAAAGAGAAGUUUAUAGGUGUAAAU